CGGAUACAAAUUCUCCGGACAACAUAGUAGUCAUCGAGGAGGGGGAGGAGAAACAGAGUUAGAGUGAAUCCAUAGAUCCGCCUCAAAUCGGACAACCGCGGCGGACGGGAGAGAAUCCGACGCUCAUCUUCGGAGAUAAAUCCUCUCCUACGAAACGGAACGAUUUUGGAAGUGUUUUGUUGAAUAAUCAAUCAAUCACCAGAUAGCAGUUAUGGGGACAACCACAAAAAGGCAUAAACUUGUUGCGGAACAAUUGGAGAGGCCAUGUGAAGAUAGGAUCAGCAAUUUGCCGAGCAGUCUAAUUGGUUAUAUACUCUCUUUUCUUCCCACAAAAGAUGCAGUGGCCACAAGUGUUUUAUCAUCUAGAUGGAAGGAUUUCUGGCCAUUGGUCACCCGCUUGUCCAUUGAUGAUUACUUAUUGCGAAGUCCGGAAAGCAAGAAUAGUUUUGAGCGGCUCAGAUUUGAAUUUGUGGAUUUCGUGCAUCGAGUUCUCUUAACCGGAAGUGUUUCAGGCAUAGAGACAUUCCGUUUCCAAUGCAGCCAACGCUAUGAUGCUUCAUCUGUUCGCGCAUGGCUAUCUACCGUACUGAAGGGUAAUAAUGUCCGAGAAUUUGAUGUCAUUGUCAAUGCAUUGGACUUUGCUGUACUACCAAGUAGCUUGUUUACUUGUAGAACACUGGUAAAGCUAAACUUGGGCAAAGUUUUCAUGAAUGUCCCUGAUUCGGUAUGGUUACCUUGUCUGAACCAUGUUGAACUGCAUGGUGUCGAGUUUCCAAAUGAUGACUCAAUAUCUAGGCUUCUCAGUGGAUGCCCCGUGCUUGGCAGUUUGUGCUUGAAGAGAUGCAUGGGAAGAAAUGUGAGAGUCAUUAACAUUUCUGUUCCUACGCUCACUCACUUGAUUCUUGAAUUUUUGCAUCACUACUCCAGUCUCUAUAUCAUAUCUGAACAUCUUCCGAAAUUCCACAUUGUGCUCAAUACUCCAUCUCUUUUGCACAUUUCCAUCGAAGAUUCCAUACAUGAAAGUUAUGUGUUUGAAAAGCCACAUCAACUCGCGGGGGCAUGUUUUAUUCUCUAUAGUCCACUUGGCCCGAAUUUGUUGCCAGUAUUCCCAUCUGAAGGCCCGAAAUUGUCGUCAGCAUCCCCAUUUGAAGAUGUUCAUCAUAUUGCCAUACAUGAUCUUCUUAAAGGGAGUUCUAAGGUUAAAUCGCUACAUUUUGUCACCAAGGGUUUCAACCGAUGCGAGUUGAUGCCCAAAUAUGAGAAUUUGACGGAGUUGGUAUUUGGUACUCACUGGAAUGUCACACUUGAUCUGCUCCAUACGUUUCUAGAGAGGUCGCCAAAAUUGAGCCGUUUAGCAUUAACAUUUAAUCACAAAGAUGAUGUAUGAUGAUGAUCUCUUUUCUUUCCCCUUUGAUUUCUUAAUGCAUUCGAUCAAUCAUGGGCAAUCCUAGGGGUUCACCAACCAAAUGGCACGUAACGUUGAGUGUCUGUUUUUGCCGUAGUGUUAACAUGGAUUAAGCCAAAUAUGGUGUCCCCCCAGUAUUAUUCAUCAAUUAUUUACUUGUUUGGUUUCUCUAUUUCCCAGGAAACAUUAAACUUUUCCAAAACUGGUGAUGAUGAUGGCGGCGGCGGCUCAUUGGAAUGGGAUCAUCCAUCUCGGCGUGUUCCCGACUGCUUAUUGUCUCAUCUUAAAAUUGUUGAAAUUUUGAAUUUCCGAGGGUUAAAAAAGGAAAUAGAAUUAGUCAAGUACUUGCUGAGAAAUGGGAGAGCGUUGGAGAAAGUGACCGUAGAGCGAGCUCCAAUACGAGGAGAAACAUCCAAAGAUGUUUGGGCUUGGCAGCGGAAAGGGCCUGGGCUGGGAGUAGUCAGGGAAUAGGUACCCCCCGAUCAUUGUGCCUUUGGGCUUUCGUGGGUGGGCUAUCACCUUGGGGUUAACGGGCUCCGGGUGGUCACGAGGUUAACGGACCCUCGGCAAGGUCUGAAGAUUUGUUACUUGCUUGAGAGUUGAGGGAUCCGGACGACAUCAUCAAAGGUCUGUCGAGUUGAAUUUAUACAUUUUUUUUUCAUAUUGUAACUGUACCAAUUGUCACCGAAGGCCUUAUUUAUACUUUAU